AUGAGACCGUACUCCAAAGUCAUCAUCUGGUUUCUAACUGUGAUGAUGAAGCAAGGUUACAUUGGUGAAUUUGAAAUCAUUUAUGAUCACAGAGCUGGGAAAAUUGUUGUGAACCCCUUCGGCAGGUUAAACAAAUGUAGAAUGAUCAAACCCAGAUUUGAUAUACAACUCAAAGAUCUAGAAAAACGACAGAACAGUCUACUCCCCUCCCACCACUUUGGUUUCAUUGUACUGACAACCCCAGCUGCCAUCAUGGACCAUGAAGAAGCAAGAUGA